AUACAAGAAAUCGGGGUGGCUAGACCUUCGAGCUUUUCAUCUUUUGAGUUUCCGUUAGUCUCGUCUUACGUCCAAAGCGCGAAAGCUACAAUCUUUCAUUCUUUCCUCACAUUAUUUCAUAUCCAUACUACACAAUAAAUUUUGUCCGUUCGACAAGAUAUCAUCAAGAGAGACCAACGAAUAAAUUUGAUCUCCAAGAUGUCGGUCCCGGGGCCAAAGCUCGUAAACAAACAAUUUAACUCUCCGAUAAACCUCUACUCGCCUCAAGCGGUUCAAGAGACUCUGGAGCGGCAAACGAAGGUCCUGUCCAACGGAGCAGUCGGAAUCGACUUCAAUCAGUUGGCCAAACCUGCCAAUCUUCAGAACAGCGCCGUACUACGAAUGCUCGAAGAGGAAGAAGCGCGACAACGGGCUGGACAUCCGAGUCUGAAACGAGUAGCUUGGCCACCUCCGCCCGAGGAUCAGGACUGCGUCGACUUCGUCGAAAAGAGUCCAGUGCAAGCCAAGACUCGAGGUGAGUACAUAACGUACGAGAGCAGUCCCUCGUCCGGUGGAUCACCCCACUCGCCGGUCACGAUAGGGACUUUACCACGUGGCUCACCACAGGCGUCUUCACCUUCGCCCAUAAGUCCUUCGGGUACUCUUCGACAACCUUCCCAUUUUCACCAACAACAACAACCGGUCAAAACUUGGGCACCCGUUACACCACCUGCAACAUCGCCUCUCCCUUAUCAACAAUCUCCUCUGCAGCAAUACAAUACUCGCCCUCAGCAAACUCAACAACUUCAGCAGCAACCUUGGAAGCAAAACUCUUUCGACUCCUACAAUCAUUCGACGCCGAAGGAAAAACAGCCUGAAUCGAUUACGGUUUAUCAUCAACCGACUUUCGCACCACCACCGUCUCUCAUAACUCUCAGGCCUCAGCCACCAAUAUCACAGGCGCCGGCACCGGUUUAUCAAGCUCAACCCGCGGCGACGAUGGCACCGAUCAGCGGUAAUAUGAGAGGAGACACGAAGUGGCCACCAGAAUCGGUCAAAGCUCAAACAGAGGCGGAAAACAGAGCGAGAUUGGAAUUGGCGAAGGGACCAGCUGUGAGACCGCGAAGAGUCCACAAAGAUUAUAGUGGUUUUUUCGCUCAACAUGCACUUAACAGCACUUAUCCCGGUUACCGAGCACCGCCUGGCACUCAAUAUUUUUCGCCCAGCUAUCAACAUUAAGAUAUUAGAGACUACUAUACAACUUGCUUCAGAGACUUGUACUUUUAUUUUGUUUUUUUUUUUUGGUUUUUUUUCAAUCGAAAUCUACUUUCACAUGAAAUAAAUAAUGGUCCAGGAUGCCAAGUAAUUAGCUCUAGGACCAUUGAGAGCACGUACAAGUUCGUGGGAGAUCGAUGAAAAAAAAGAAAUUCAAUAACAGUUGUUUUAUCGAGAGCUGAAGGAAACUCUGUUUCCUUGCUGCUUCUGUUUCCAGUUCUCGAUAGUUUAUAACGCUCGUCGUAAUAAUCCACUUAACGAUGUAAAUACUAGAUACAGAGGUACAAAUGCGCUUGUAAACCACAAUUCGUCGGUGAAAUAUGUCAAUCUGUAACAAAUUAUGCUUUUUACAAAUGUUUUUGAGGUUGAAUGUUUGUAUCGAUUCCAACAUAUGCGAAGUUCAGUCUUUUAUUACGGUUGAGCCAAAAAUUGCACUGAUUUUAAGCGGAUUCGAAGGUUCCAGUCACGAUUCAAAACCGAAAUACAAUUUACAGUUGAAAUACGACUCACGAUAAUAAUUCGCAGUUCGUGAAAGUCGGUUACGAAUCACUCUGAUCACCGCGCGAAGGCGAUGUGUCUGCUUUGCUUUUUUUCAAUUCUUUCAGAAACUCGAGCAACUAUUGUAAUUUUUGUGUUAACGCAUCACACUCGCCAAAACUAACUUAUUAAGUGGGAGAUCGGUAGCUUAUGGAACUGAGAUUAUUGAUUAACGAAUGGGUUCCAUGGACCGGGGGAUUGAUAAAAAUAAGUGGGAAAGAGCGUCGAGAGAAUAACAGAGAACGAUACCGAAGAAUCAAGCACGGAUCGAAAUAUUUUUGUGUCAAUACAACGAAACGAAACAGCCGGCUUGACGACGAACGACAAAAAUCGAACGAAUCGUCGAUUUGUGUAACACGCCGUAAUGUACAAACAUAAUUUGGAGAUGAAAAUGAAACGGGCGUAUUUAUUUAUAUAUUAUUUUUGUUUUUUAAUGCAAUGUGAUUCAACGCAAACCGACCAACCGUCAGUUAGUCAACUAACGAUAUAUUUUUAACGACGUUGUAUCGAAUUAAAAAAUUCUUUGGAAGGAAUAAAAAGCGAUCAAUCAUAA